AUGGCAGACCACAAGUCCCAGAGAUUGGGCGCCGACCCUAACGAGACCCCCAGAUCUACCAGUCCGGUCACUGCUUCUGACGAAUCCGGCUCCUCCCCUUUCUUCACUCCAGACGACCAGUCUACCGCCGAUGCAUCUGAUGUCAACGCAGAAGCCGACACUUACGAUGCAUACUACACACCCGACGACCACUCCAAUGCCAACACCACCGACACCGCUGUCGCUGCUGACGUAGAACGACCAGCCGCAUACUACAUUAGUGAUUCCCACCUCCAUGGCAAUGGUCUUUUCGCCAAUCGACCAUUCGCAGUCGGUGAGCUCAUCGCCACCUUCCCUUCGCUCUUGUUCAUCCAAUGGCGCCGCGACACCACCAAAAGACCACCCCUGUCAGGGAUUUGUGACACGAUCGCAGAAUUCGAUGAUACUAAGCUGAACGAGAUCGUCUGCAUCAUGGCCCGGAAUCCAGCCGGCGUGAUGCCAUCAGAUCAGCUAGCCUACAUGCGAAGCCAAUUCAAAGAACGACAAGGCGAGGGCUCAUGGGGUGAAAAGUCUGUGGCAAAGGUCAUGAAGCGUGGUAUCUUCCCGCCACCGGAGUUGCGGUGGAACGGCUUUGUCCAUGUCUCUAAGGACGCGAGCCUGCUGAACCAUUCGUGUCUGCCGAACGUGGUAGCGACGCAGGAUCAGGACAAGAAAGAGGUUUACCUCAGUUCAACAAGGGAGAUUGGAAAAGGCGAGGAGCUCACAAUCUCUUACUGCAACAUCUGGCGGGUUCGAGAAGAGAGGCACCGCAGGCUGGGUUUUGUGUGCGGGUGUGAGGAGUGCCCGCUUGAAGGUCAGUGGCUCAGACAAAGCAACAACAUAUACAAGCGAGUCGGCGGCUGGCUGAAGGAGGUCACGCGAUUCCGCGAGGCCUGCAAAGUCAAGCAGGAACAGGUCUUCGAAGUCGCUGAGGCAGAUACGAAAGACUUUGUACAUGGUCGUGAGGAGACGAUCAAGAGGGUCAGGACAUGCGCUCGAAAGGCGGCAGAAGAAGAAGAAGUGAUGAAAGCUCCCAGUCCUGAACGCUUCCUUGCUUAA